AUGGCUGGCUCUCACACGGAGAAGCUUGGUCAGUGCUCCGGCGACCCGGACCUUUUCCGCUGCAUAGCAUGGCCCAUGGGCAUCAUGCUGCGCCCCGGCUUUGAGCAGCUGCACCUCGCGAAGUCAGCAACAAUCGCUUCACUCCACAGCCUCGAGCUUUGGCUUUGUGGCACCUGUGAUUCUGUGAACAAAGGACUGGAGGAGGGUGGAAAGAGAGGGAGAGGGAGAGAGCUGAUCCAGGCCAUCGUUGCUCUGAAGAAGGGCGCACAUCUCCUGAAAUGUGGCAAGAGGGGGAAGCCCAAAUUCUGUGCCUUCAGGCUAUCAUCUGAUGAGACAACAUUAAUAUGGUACUCAAAAGGGAGGGAAAAACACUUGAGCUUAAGCUCCGUGUCAGCUGUGGUUCUUGGCCAGAAGACGAUAAAAUUUCUGCGACAGCGUUGUCCAGAGAAGGAAUCCCAUUCCUUUUCACUUAUAUACAAAAACGGAGAGCGCUCACUUGACUUGAUCUGCAGCGACAGAGAUCAAGCUGAAUACUGGUAUCUGGGCUUGAGGGCCUUAUUACCAAUUCCUUGUAGCCCAUGUUCAUCGAUUGGAUCAAGGAGCAGUAGACAGAUGGACAGUUGUACAAAUACUCCCAGCAGCUAUAUUCAGCUUAAGAGUAGGUUACCAAGUGCACAUGGCACACCAAGGCACAUACAGGUAUAUUCAUCACACAGGAACCCCAAGAAGACACACGGAACAUUUUUGGGUGGUCGUGCUGAUUGUUCAGAAGCAUUAUUUUACCCAAGGCAGCGAACAUUCUCUGACAAAGAUACCUACCUGGAAAAGCUUACACGCAAGAUUUCAAAUCCAGAAAUACAUGGUUUGAAGGAUAUUAUGGUUGGUAACAAAGAAAAGGAGCAGGAAAUUACCCAAACACCUAAACUGAAAACCUUUGAAGGACCCCGUGCAGCAUGUAGAUUAGAUUCUCUGAAGGAUGUUUUUUUCUGGGGUGAUGCUUUUGGAAGUAUUUUAGACUAUGAUGAUACCUCAAAAUCCCUUCCCAUGUUAGUGGACUCAACCAACAUGCUUGAUGUACAAAGCAUUGCUUGCGGAGAGACUCAUGCAGCUAUAAUCACUAAGCAAGGGGAGGUCUACUCCUGGGGCAAUGAGAGCAGUGGUAGAAUUGGAAAUCAAGUAAAUAUCAAAGUCUCCCGACCCAAGCUUGUUGAGUCUCUUGCCUCUUUACAUGUGAAGGCUGUGGCAUAUGGAUCAAAGCACGCUUGUGCAGUAACUGUUUCUGGUGAACUUUUUGAAUGGGGCGAAGGACCCCAUAUGGGUCAGUUGGACUGCUAUGCAAAGAAUCAAUGGUUUCCUCAUAAAUUGUUUAGUCCACUGGAUGGCAUAUCGGUUGUGAAGAUUGCUUGUGGUCCUUGGCAUACAGCAAUAAUAACAUCGUCUGGUCAGUUAUACACAUAUGGGGAUGGAACAUUUGGUGUUCUUGGUCAUGGAGAUACACAAGGAACUACUCGACCAAAAGAAGUAGAGUAUUUGAAAGGCUCAAGAGUGAAAUGUGUGGCAUGUGGGCCAUGGCACACAGCUGCCAUUGUGGAAGUAAUCAGUGAUUUUAAGAGCAAUUCACCAAGAAGCAAGCUGUUCACAUGGGGCGAUGCGGAUCGGGGGAAGCUGGGUCAUGCUGACAAAAAGAUGAAGCUUAUACCAACAUGCGUUGAUUCACUCACAGACUAUGAUUUUAUUCAGGUGUCCUGCGGGAUGGCACUCACUGUCGUUCUUUCUAUUACUGGUGUGGUCUUUACUAUUGGCAGUUCCAUGCAUGGGCAAUUGGGGAACCCCCAUUCAGAUGGUAAAACUGUUUGUGCUGUUGAAGGACUACUUAAGACCGAGUUUGUCAGACAUAUAUCAUCAGGUUCUUCCCAUGUAGCAGUACUGACUACAAAUGGGAAAGUGUUUACAUGGGGUAAAGGCAAGGAAGGGCAGCUUGGUUUAGGUGACUACCUUAAUAGGAGCACUCCAACUUUAGUAGAUGCAUUGGAAGGUAGGCAAGUGGAAAGCAUAUCUUGUGGUUACAAUUAUACUGCAGCAGUAUGUUUGCAUAAGAUAAUCUCAAGGAAGGACCUCUCUGUAUGUAGUGGUUGCAAGAUGGCUUUUGGUCUCACUAGAAAGAAGCACAACUGUUACCAUUGUGGUUCCAUGUUCUGCAAUUCCUGUAGUAGUAACAAGGUUGCCAAGGCAGCACUUGCACCAGACAAGAGCAGAAGGUAUCGCGUAUGUGAUGGGUGUUUCAGUCAGCUACUGAAAGUUGUGGAUUCUGCUAAGGUAAAGUCUGAACUAAAGACCAGCAAAGGAGCUGAAAUUAUAAGGUCAUACACACCAAAGUUGUCGCGUAUAUUCAGGGAUGCAAACUUACCUGUAGAAAAGGUGGCUUUAGUACAAUGCCCCAAUCAGAGAAAUGAGGUCCCGGCCACUCCAGUCCAAGCAAAAUCUCAGAGAUGGGGGCAAGUUGAGUGCCCAGCUCAAUUUCUACCUGGAGAAGACAGUUUUCGGUAUCAAUCUAUAUCGAAGAAUCAUAUGUGUAGUGCCUCUGUUUCCGAGAGAAUGCAUGACCCCAUAGUGCUGAAGUCUGGCAGAUCUUUGCAACAGCCUAAUGAUGACCAGAGGAAAGAUCUGAACAGCACAGAAACCUUGCUCACAGAAGAAGUAAAGCAGCUUCGUUCACAGGUGACACUUCUCGUGGAGCAAUACCAUCAAAAAACUCUUCAGGUUGAACUGUAUAAACAAAAACUUGAUGAGACAUGGCUAAUUGUUAGGGAUGAGGCUGCAAAAUGCAAAGCUGCCAAAGACAUCAUUAAGGUUCUAACUGAUCAGUGUAAGGCCUUGUCAGAGAAACUUUUGGUUGGUCAACAAUAUGAGAACCUUGAGACAAAAUCUAAUAUCAGCCAAGGACAAACAUUGUCAGCAGAUUUGCAACAUUAUUCCAGCGAAAAGCUUGCCACAGGCAAAUUCGGACAACUCAACAUCACCAAAAAUCACCAGACCAGCAGCCAAGGAGAUGACUAUACACCUUCUUCGAAUUCUGAUGUGCAGAUAGAAGGAUCGUGCAGUCAUUUGAAUGGUUCAAGAACAUUUGAUGGUAAUGGCUGUAUUACAGAAGCGGAUUCCCUUGUUGCUCGAGUCACCUCCAAUGGUGUGAUUGAGCAAAUCGAGCGUGGGGUGUAUGUCACAUUUGCUGUAUCACCUAGUGGAAAGAAAGACAUAAAACGUGUACGAUUCAGUCGGAAGCAUUUUGGCGAGAAGGAAGCUCAGCACUGGUGGGAAGAGAAUAAGGGCAGCGUCUACGCAAAGUACAGUACUGAAAAAAUACAACAUCAGCUAGAGGUCACAAUCAAGAGUGUACAAGAGUAA